AGCCGCGAGUCCGCCGCCUGGGUCCGUCCGGCCCGCGCUGCCGCCCGUCCCUGCGCCCUCGUCGCGGUCACUGCGCCACGCGCAGCGCUCGGAUCCCGCCGGAAAAAUGUCAGAUGAAUUUUCGUUGGCAGAUGCGCUACCCGAACAGUCCUCGGCCAAAACGUCUGUGAGCAACACAAAAGCCGGCCAGUCUCAAGGCUGGCCGGGCUCCGGCCCGUGGAGUAACCCCAGGGCUCCGCCUGCACUGCCUCCGGGACUCCCGCCAAGUGCAGCGCCCUCCACUGUGCCUUUUGGACCAGCACCAACAGGAAUGUAUCCCUCCAUGCCUCCAACCGGACCACCACCAGGACCCCCAGCACCCUUUCCUCCUGGACCGUCAUGUCUCCCACCUAGUGGUCCUUAUCCAGCCCCUGCUGUGCCAGGCCCUGGCCCCACAGGGCCAUAUGCUACACCAAAUAUGCCCAUGCCGGAGCUACCUAGGCCAUACGGUGCACCCACAGAUCCAGCUGCAGUUGGUACUUUAGGUCCAUGGGGAUCCAUGUCUUCUGGACCUUGGGCACCAGGAAUUGGGGGGCAGCAUCCUAAUAUGCCAUAUCGAUCUCCAGGGCCAUAUCCCACUGUUCCUCCUCCAGUGUCAGGAGCACCGCCUGUUCCAUGGGGCACUGUGCCGCCAGGAGCCUGGGGACCACCAGCACCAUAUCCUGGCCCUGCAGGAUCAUAUCCCUCGCCAGGACCCCAUCCUACUCUGAAUAAUCCUUACCAAGUGCCUUCAGGACCUUCUGGUGCUCCACCAAUGCCUGGUGGCCCUCAUUCUUACCAUUGAGUUGACAGUGAGGAAGAGCUGGCGCACUGCUUUUUGAAGUACAUGUAUGUGCACAUGAAGGCAUUUAUAAAUGGCUGGUUUCACUAUUGGUUGAGGACAUUCGUGAAAGAACAACUUGCACUUCAGAAAGUUCUGUUUCAUGUGUUUGGAUAUGUAGAACACCACGUGGGUACAAUCAGAUAAAAUGUAGAAGCAAAUCAUUCAAGUGUGAUUAAUGUGGCUAUGUGUAUUGAAUAACUUUUGAUAUUGUGUGUUUAAAACUAUACCCUCAAAAUCUAAAAUAUCAUGGAUUGUUGUUAGUCUGCAACUUAAUUGACAGAGUAACUCAAGUAUUUUUUGUAAUCACCCUCCACCCUGCCCCCAUAUAACUAAGAACAAUCACAUAUUUGGAACAUGAGUCCUCAAUGUUUUGAGCUCCUUCUACCUACAGAAACCAGGUCCUCUUGUUAUAGUGUGGCUACUAAGUAUAAGACAACCAUUAUAUUCAGUUCUUCCAAAAUAACAAAAUUGCAUUAUGACCUAAGGGCAGGUUUCUUGCUCUGUCAGAGCUCUAGAAAAGUGUUGGUACCAAAUGCACUUAAAAUGUUAAGGCAUAGUGUAAUUGGCCUGCCCAGCCUUAGGAAGCAAUAAGAAAACUGGGGGGAGGAGUAAGGCAGCUGCCCCCGGGCAGUCACUGGCACAGCCGUCUAAGCCAGCAGCUGCCGCCGGGCAGUCACUGGCACAGCCGUCUAAGCCAGCAGCUGCCCCCGGGCAGUCACAGCCGUCUAAGCCAGCAGCUGGAGCUAGGAGCUAACAGCUGGGCCAGUGCUGAUAUCAGGUCCUUUUUGACAAUCUAAUUUGGAAUUCACAACUCAUUUUUUUUUUCUUUAAACAAGUUAUUGGAGGGGGUAAAUAAAACAGACAUCGUGUGUGACAUUUUUUAAAUGGGAAAAAAUACUCAGAAUUCCAAAGGACAUUCUCACGAUUCCUGAACCACAACCUGUUUGAGUUGUUGCAGAAUUAUACACAUUUAUCUGUGUAUAAUAUGUUUCUCGGCUUCAUAUACAGGGCAACUGAAGGAGAAUGCUCUUUGGCUGACAUAGCCAUGGUCAGACUCCCCGCCACAGACCAGCUGGAGGAAGCAGAGCUUGGCAGGUGGCUCCUGCAGGCCCUUAAGCAUCUGGCUGAGUGAGUGUGCUUGCAGAGCUGUUGCUCUCCUGAAAUGUAAUGACGCCUCUGGCGCCUGUGAGUCGGGAGGCACAAGCUGUUGUGCAGCUCUCCCAGCGGCAACAAGGCCUGUGAGCAGCCAGUCCCACCCCAACUUCCUGGGUUGACAGAGAUCCUGGAUUUGCUGCCUGGUGGGUUCCAGACCUUGUAAUGGGUAGUAGGUCAUGACCCCAGCCUACCCAGGACCCAGUUGUCCACCGCAUGUGUGGGCUCUGGCAUUUUGGUGUAGUCCUCUGUUUGGAGCUCUACACCCUACUGUGAGGUGUGUCCAGCUUUCUUUGAGCUUGUUGGGGUGUGCAAGGGUGCGGUGGCAGUGACUAGUGACCCAAAUGUCUUCCAGGAGCGUUCAGGCAUUGAUUUAUCAAAGACACUUCCUUCAUUAGGCCUUAAGACUUGGCUUAAGUGCAUUUCAUGCCAACAUUUUUCCACAGUUCUGUCAGAGCAAGAAACCUCUCCCCGGAGCUUAAUGCAACUGUGAAAGGAACAUUUUGUAAUUUUAGCAGAACUAGGAAUAAUGGUUAAAUUAAACUUUGUAACCACAAGAAAAUAAAAUUAUGCCACUAAAAUAUGAAAAGAGGCCCCAGUUUGUAUGGGUAGAGGAGCUACUUGGAGAGUUUGUCCUUGGGUGUGUUUGAGGUUCUCCCAUUGGUUUCCAGAUGCCAUCCUGUUAGACUUUCCUGAAGGAACAGCUGGAUUUCUAAAAAGAUUUCUAAUUUCCCUGGGGGCUUCUUGGAUCUGGAAGCCAACCUGCCAGCCUGGGCAUCUGGGCCCCGGAACAUCCAUCAUCACUGCCCUGCCUACAGAUAACCUUAAGCCAAGAUUUAUCAGUUGCCAAGUUCAUCAGCCAAUGUGUUGGGGUUUUGUUUUUCUUUGGGGGUGGGGCAGACUGUUCUUGUUAGUAGAAUUUAAUGACCCAUCCUGUGUGAUGUGCUCUGGAUGGUAAUUCCAUUUAAGCCCUUGUUUUUUAGGACUUCACAACUGAUAAUGGGGAUUUAUUUGGUUUGUCAUUAUUAUUUAAUACAAGAGUGGAAAUCAAAAAGACAGGAUUUUUAUUUUCAGAAUAUUUCUCUUGUUACCCUCAGGUUGGGUUCAAGAUAGGAUCAAGAAAAGCUAAAAAUAAAAAAUAUAAAAGGUAGCCAAAUAAAGAAUCCAGAAAGGACUUUCCAGCUUUGUAGGGUAGAGUGUUUGUGGGUUCAAGAUAGAGUCAAGAAAAGCUAAAAAUAAAAAUAAAAAGUAGCCAAAUGAGGAAAAGAACCUGAAAAGGGUUUUCUAGUUUUGUUUUAACCUAUGGGUAAUACUGGUUUGAGAACAAGCCAUGCUAGGCCAGAACUGGUCUACCGAAGGACAGUUUGUCAAUAAAUGUUUGGUCUUAGAAAAAUCCAAAUUCUAGACCUUAUUGACAUGGUCUGACAAGAAUUCUUAAAUAAAGAUAGUUGAGAUGUGUGCAAGAAUAGUGUUUCUAAAGUUGAAAUGUUGAGUUUUGCAAUAUUCAGUUCUUUAUCUAAGGCCCCUCCUUUCUUCAUCUUGCUGUCAGUAGAGAGUAACAGUCCAUUUUCUCAUAACACACCUUACAAACUAAUGCCAUCUUUUGUCUCCCAUAGACAGCUUUUGAUUGAGGUUGGUAAGAUCCUGCCUCGUUUUCAUGGCGGUUCCAUACAGCUCUCACCAUGUAUUCCCCACCCUGAGUAACUCAAAGCUAGCUUUCUCAGAUGCUGGGAAUGCAACCUCCAGAAGAGCGCAGGCCUUUAAAGCAGUGUUUAGGGAAGCAGAUGCCUAAUGGAACUAGCUGCUAGAGAGUGGUGGGUGCUUUGAGGGAAGAUACGCUUAGGGAAGCAAAUGCCACUCAGAACAGACACUUUAUUUUCAGAACUGCCAACUGAAUCAAAGUGAGUAUUGGCGGUUGGGGCCAAGAUUCCAUUCCUGAGUCUAGCUGCAGGAGACACCUGAGGACCGAGCCUGUGCAUCCUGUACAGGUACAGCCUGUACCGAGCCACGCGUACAUCGUGACUGGGCUCUCGGCCCUGCACUAGCGCACCCACUUUAGGCACACUGUUACCAGCCCCCUAGAGAAGGGGUAAUUAACCGUGGCUGUCAGUGAGGAUAACAGGCCUGUCCUGGAGCUCUGUGUAAAUGAGGAACUCAUGGAAAUGUCUGCCUCCCAAAUACUGAGAUUAAAUGCAUGUGACUGGCUUAAUAAACGUCAGGUGUGUGUGUUUGAAUGCCUGAAGCAUGGCGACUCAUGCCUUUGAUCCCAGCACUUGGAAAUGAGAGGCAGUCAGACUUCAGAGUUCAAGGACAGCCAGGGUUAUACACGGAAAACACGUCUCAACAACAGUAAAAACAUAUCUUUCAACAUGGUAGUGCUGAUCAGUGCAACUAUUCAAGUGUGCAAAGUAACAGGACGCUUUUCCUCUGCUCUUCUGGAUAAAGGCACUGGCACAGCUGUCUCUGCUUGAUAGACACCUGUCAUUAAGUAGAUUCUACUUUUUAUAUGUGCUCUAUAAAGGUUUUUUUUUUUUUGUAAUACUUUUCUUGAGAUUGUGAUUUUUUUUCAUUUAUUGAAUAAUGGCAAAUUUGAUGUAUUUUAUAGUCUAUGCAUUUUAAGUUAAGCUGCCUGAAGUGUGUUUGAGACCUACACGUUUGUACUAUGAACUGUAAGCAAUGGAAGAUAACUAGGUUUUGUCACCUGCUGCUGUAUUUGCAAACAAAGACAAAUGUUGCUUGAAGAUGUAAUUAUAAUUAGAAGUAGGCUAUGGAUGUGAUACUUGAUAUUUUUAAGGUAAACUUGUUUGCUUUGUGUGUGAUACCUGAAAGCCUUUUUUAAAAAUGUAUUUUCAUGA